GAAGACUGUCUGGAUGUUGUUUCUGGUACGGCACCUGCCAAGGUUAGCCUCUUUGGUUGCCACGGUUCCAAGGGCAAUCAAUGGUGGGAACUGAAGUUCUUGAAGUCCAGGAAUAUCAAUCCGACGCAACUGCGGCACGUCACACACCAGCUCUGCUUAGAGGCCGAUCCCGCCGCCAUGACCGUCAGCAUGAACACCUGUUCGCGCAAGCCCCUUCAACUGUGGCAUUGGGACACCUUGGCGGGGAAAAAGGUGCGCAAGGAUUGA